AUGUUUAUUCACACCUAUGGUCCAGGAGCAAGAACUCUGCAAGGUACACAGUGGCUAUGAGUAAGUCUGUUGAUAGUGCGUGCCUCAGCUGUAUUUGAGGAAGUCUUCGCUUUAUAAUGCAUUGCAUUUCUUCUCGAGAUGUGCCCAGUUUAUUGAACGAAAUGAAUGAAAAGUGAGAUUGCUUAAUUUCUGCAUAAGGAAAAAAAAAGCUUCAGUAUUAUAUGCACGCAAAAGCAUCUUCUGCCUGGGAUGAUUUGCCGCAUCUAGAGCCAAACUACAACGUGCACCGCCCACACUUGUCUGUCCUACUCACGCUUUGCGAUCAAGAUCUAAAUUCGGAUCUCGCCUGAUCCCCUCUGGUCAUACUCGAGAGGCGAGGUUGGGACAGAUCCAGUAUGGCAAUCGCCUUUCGCCUUCCUCCUUAAAUGUCGGGAAUGUUAUGACGGAUUUUAGAGUGACACAAAUGUUCUCCAGGUAAGAAACAAUUGGCAAUUAACACGAAGUUAAAUUAGGUGGUGACUCGUGUGUAAAUUCAUCAACUAUUGUGUUUAUACCAUACAUCAGCUUUUGGAGGGAAGAUAAUGACUGAUAUCGAAAAUAAACCUCUAAAGCUGUAAUACAACAACAUGCGUUACGUCAGUAUUAUAACGUCAAAUACAUCAUGUCUAUAAGGAAGGAAUUUGGCUGCGCUCACGAGACUAAGGCGUUGUGUGUCAGGGUGAACUAACAACGAGUACGAUGGGGACUGUGUAAUAUUCAAAUUCAAAUACAACUAAAAUAGGUGAAGGUGACUCUAGAAAAGAAAUGUGAAAUCAAGAGAAGCGUAGGGGAUGCAGAGACGAGCUGAAGAUCCAUGAAAUGUUGUAGAAAAAUACUCACAAGGUUAGUGACUGCCUCAACAAUGUGGUACGCAAUCCAACAUUAGUAAUACAUUAUAGCACCGACACACGGCCAAAAACACACCACGAAUAGCUCUGUAACACGCACUACAUCAUGCAACCGGCCAUUUUCAGUCUACAUAUGGGAUCAAAGAGAUUAAGUCACUCAUCAACCCAACAUCAUCUUAUACUAGUGACAUAUAAAUCAACACGCACUAGUAAAUAUAUGCCUCCUACUGACCUGCUCUACUAAAAUCCCUCCCACUCUAGGCACGUUAUUAUAUUCCUACCCUUCCCCACUCUCAACCCUCGCCACAACCGCCGAGUGACCACAGUGACCGCCCCACGCCCCGCCGCCUGCCUCAGAGCCAAACCACACUCAUCCAGCAUCACAUCACCGCACUCCGCAGCUCACUCUUCCUCCGUUAACUUCACUGAAACUGUCAUCUACUGCACUAUUGAGGAGGUAAUCGGUAGGUGAGCAUGAAGAUCCCAGGAUGGAGCGCGAGGGUCUGGCGAGACUUGACCACGAGGAAGUUUGUGCCUCUCAAGAUUCUCUACUUCCUCGUCUCUGCUGGCAAGUCACAUAGGUUGAGGAUGAUUUUCUUCCUACUUAUCACUAAUUACUGAUUUUUAACACGUUUUUUUACUUUUCAUGCCGACAGCAACCUCUGCCAUGAUGCCAUUCCUCACGCUGCACGCCAGGUCGCUGGGCAUCCUGGAGAUAGAGCUGGGCAUCAUUUUCGCCGUCAAUGCGGUGUUCACCAUCAUCGUGCCCACGCCGGCUGGGAUUUUGGCCGAUAAAAUUGGAAACUUUAAGGUGUUCCUGAGCUUGAUGAUGGCAGCGAGUGGCGGCGCCGCCCUCGUGUUUUCCGCCGUGCCCGUGGCACGCCGCUACCACACCUUGCCAGACUCGCUGCCCCUCACCCUCUCACUCGUGGGUGACGGUCCGCCCACUCUCUCCGUUCCUUCGCUGCAGUGUGACUACUUGCCUCUCCUCAACAACUUCACCAUCACGAUAGCCAACUGCAGCCUCUGUGACCCCAGCAGUGUGUCGGAGGGUGGCUGCGUUCCUCCUGCACCGAGUUUGUGUCCGGGACAGCAGGUGAAGGCGGCGGGUGGAACUCAGAUGCAAGUGAGCGUCGCCACAUCGAAUGACAGUAUUUGGAACGCCACGUAUCUGGAGGUGAUCAGCUGGAGCGACGCGGAGUUCCUUCCUCAGGUUGGUGGCGAAGACCAGUGGUGCCCUAUACAGUGUCCAGUCAUGGUGUUACGGCCAGACCUUUGCACCAACACGCACACCCUUGAGACUUUUGACACCGCCAAGACCUUCUGGCUGUACCUCUUGGUCCGCAUACUGAACGGCAUAACACUUGCCGGCAGCUUCUCACUGUUUGACGGAGCGACCAUGGCCAUCACGAUGCAGUAUGGCGGUGAGUACGGCCUGCAGCGGCUAUACUCCAACUUGGGCUCCAUCGUCAUGACGCCAAUCUCAGGUGUUCUCAUUGACUACUUCAGCGAUCGCGGUGGCCUGCAGGACUAUCGGCCGUCCUUCUAUCUGUACUGCGGCCUCAAGGUGCUGGCGGCAGUGAUCAUUCUCUUCCUGGACUUGGAUUUCCGGCAGCCGUCCAGCAGGGUACUGAAGGACUUCCGAACACUCCUCAAGAAGCCGGAAAUCUUGUCCUUCCUCAUCGUGAUGCUCAUUGCCGGGACUUGCUUCGGCGUGCUGGACACCUUCCUCUUCUGGCUGCUGCAGGACCUGGGCGCUCAGAAGUACCUCAUGGGCAUCACGGUAACGGUGGGCUUCUCUGCCGGAGUGCCUGUCCUCGUGGCCUCGGGAUACAUCUUUAAGAGGCUCGGCUUCCCCAACACUAUCGUGCUCGGGUUCGCAGUCUACGUCUUCCGGAUGCUGGGCUACUCUUUCAUCACCAACCCGUGGUGGUGCAUGCCCUUCGAGGCCCUGGAGUGCUUCACCGUGUCCCUCAUGAGUGCCGCCGCCGUGUCCUACGCUGCAGAUCUGGCCACCCCCGCCACCCUCGCCACUCUGCAGGGUUUAUACGGAGGCAUCUACCACGGCGUCGGGCGAGGCUUGGGCAGUCUGGUAAGUGGUUUCCUGAUGGCUCCUCUGGGCUUGCGCAACGUGUUCAGGGUGCUGGCGCUGGUGUGUGGCGCGACAGGGGUCCUCUACUUCGCUACCAAUUGCUUGUUCUUCAGGAAGCUGCAGAAGAAAAGGAAAGUCAGGUUCGAACAGUUGCGAGAACCUGAUUCAAGUGACAGGCCAGCGGAAGAGAAGGCAGGCACGGACACAUGUCGACAAAAGGGAAACGUAACUCAGGAGGGUGGUGAAGCUGAUACCAUGUUGUAAGUAAUGUAGCAAGCGAGGGGUUUAAUGCCUGGUGAGAGAGAGAGAGAGAGAGAGAGAGU